AUGCUUGAGUCGGAGCGAAAUGACUUGCAAAAAUCGAUGAUAACUUUGACUUCCCGUCUUGCUCAAGUCGAGUUUCGUCUGAGCCAAGCUCUCAACAACCCUGAAGCAGAUCGCGACUGUAUUUUAAAAGAUUUGUCUGAUUUUGUCUCUUCCUCGACCUCUUCUCUUCCGCUCAACUCCACUAACGACAGUGGAGAGGACUCGUUAACGAAGCUAUCAAUAGCGCUGAAGGACCAACUCGAUGAAGUAGAACGAUUAGCCGCUGGAAAAGGACUCAACAAUCAUAUAACCAAAGAUAUCAUCCAAGGACAGCAGGAGUCUCUUCGAAUUUUAAGCGAAAAGCUCGGUUUGAAGGGCGAAAUCGCCACCACCGAGCAAGCAAAACAAGCAGCCGAUGAGGCGAUGAAAAAUCUUCUGAUGCCGCAGAUCGAAAAAGAACAACUCGUCGACCAGUUGCAGACGAAGGUCAAGGAUCUGGAACGAUUCAUCGAAUUCAUGCAGCAAAACAAAGAAGAGAAAGAUCUCGACUUGCCGGAUCCAGCGAGGCAGAAGGCCAACUCGGGCAUCAUUACAAAGGGCGUCCAUGCGUUGAUAAAAAUCGGUACAUUGCUACCCUACCUCCUCGUCAAAAACCUCACUUGCGGAAAGGCGAAAAUCGCGUCCAAGUACCACGACCCUCCAGAUACGCCUGAGGAAGAUCAGGAUACCGUCAUGACGAGUGCGCCCAAACCGCUUGAUCCAAAAGAAAUAAAGCCGAAAGAAAUUGAAGAUUUAAUUCAUACUGUCAAUUUGGUCAAGCUCGCUUAUCAACGACACAAUAUUGCGAAGGGUAAACGAUCAAGGGGAUCUGAGUGUGAGCAUAUUGCGACAAUGGAUCGACUGGUAUCAGUUGUUCGCAAGCAGCUCUCAAACUCGAUCGCGGCAAUAUUUGCUCACCAUUUCGACUUUGGCUCCUCGUAUUUGUCCUCCGCGCUUUCAACAAUUACUUAUCCAGUUUACGGCUGCUUCAGAGACAAAGACUCCAACUCGCACGCUGAAGACGACUCCUGGCAAAUUUUACUAAAAUUUUUCGAAGUUCGGGGAGGAAAUAUCAUGACAAAAGCGCCUAAUUCAGCAUUGCGACAUGCAUUUGGAAUGAAAGAUCCGCUUCUAGGCCGAAACGAACACGAAAGAUCGCUUCUUGAGACCAUUCAUAACGUCAAAACUUCCCAUGAAAAGUUUAAAGCGUACAACUCUUCGAUGUUUCGCGCAGUAAUCUGCCACGGGCUCAAUGAGCGUUGUCUAACUGCUUGGCUCUACUGCGUUUUCAAAGCACUAAAUGAAGAGUAUCAACCGGACGCUUUUCUUAGGCAACAUGGAUACGAUCAAUUCCUCUCUGUUCUUCUACCCCUAGAAAAGCUCCAAAACGGCUUCGAUUUGCCGGCCAAUCUGGCGAUCAAAAAUUUGAACGAUAUCAAAGACGCUUACUGA